AUCUCGGGAGCCCUGAGUCAGACCAUGCCUGCAGCCGGUGAAAGCGGGAGAUGCACGCCGCGCAGUCACCUCGGUGCGCAGCGGAGGGACGCGAGGCUCGGGUUCGGGAAGCGACAGCCCGUGGACGCGCAGCAAGCCGGAGGAACGGUCGACGGAGGGGCCGGCGGAGCCCUGCCGUGCCGCCUGGGUCCGCAGCCAGACCCCCGGCGCGGCGGCGGGGCAGCGAGGGGCGAGGUUGGAGUGCUCCAGCCCGGCGCCCGAGGCUCGCGCGCCGACCGGCCAGCGGACCGACCAGCCGACCCGCCGACCGACGGACGCUCGCCGAGCCCCGCGCCCCGCCCGCCGCCGCCCGGCCCUGCCCGCGCCGCCGCCCGCUGCCAUGCGCUGCGCCGCCGCCCUGGCGCUCCUGCUCUGCGCCGGGCAAGUCACUGCCCUCCCUAUCAACAGCCCUAUGGAUAAAGGGGACACGGAGGUGAUGCGGUGCAUCGUCGAGGUCAUCUCCGACACCCUGUCCAAGCCCAGCCCCACGCCCGUCAGCCCCGAGUGCCUGGAGACUCUCCGAGGAGAUGAGCGGAUCCUCUCCAUCCUGCGACACCAGAAUUUACUGAAGGAGCUCCAAGACCUUGCUCUCCAAGGGGCCCAGGAGAGGACGCAGCAGCACAAGAAGCACCGCAGCUUCGAGGAGGAGCUCUCGGAGGUCCUGGAGAACCAGAGUGGCGAGGCCACGUCCCCAGAGGUGACAGAAGAACCAUCCUCUAAAGAUGCUGCAGAGAAAAGAAGAGAUGCCACAGAAGGAACCAGGCCCCAGGCCCUCCCUGAGCCUGGGCAGGGGCACAGCCAGGCCCCUGGAGAGGAGGAGGCCCCCAGCACACAGCCACCAGCCAGCCCGGCCGGCCAAAGGCAUCCAGGCCCACAGGCUGUGGGGGACAGCGAGGGCCCUGCCCAGGGUCUGGUGGACAGAGAGAAGGGCCUGAGAGCAGAACAAGGGCAGCAGACAAAUCAACAACAGGAGGAGGAGGAGGCAGAGGCUGCAGAGAAGGCCGCCCCCGAGGAGGAAGGACCCACCGCAGCCUCUGACCCCCCGCUGAGCCUCAGCUACAAGGAUUCCCAGAAAGACGAGAGUCCGUCUGAGGCUCUGGGGGUGGAUGGAGCCCCGAAGCCGGAGGCCGAGGAGACCCGGCCCCCCGAGGGCAGGGGAGCGCGGGCGCAGCCCCCACGGCAGCAGGAGGAGGAGGAGGACCUGGUGGGGACCCCCCAAGGCCCGAUCCGGGGCGGGAAGAGCGGGGAGCAGGAGCCGGAGCAGCGGCUCUCCAGGGAGUGGGAGGAGGCCACGCGGUGGAGCAAGAUGGACCAGCUGGCCCGGGAGCUGACGGCCGGCAGGCGGCUGGAGGGCGAGGACGAGGAGGACGACCCCGACCCCGACCGCUCCAUGAAGCUCUCCUUCCGCGCCCGGGCCUUCGGGCCCAGGGGCCCUGGCCUGCAGCUGCGCCGAGGCUGGAGGCCGACCUCCCGGGAGGACCUGCCCCUGCAGGCGCGAGGCUACCCCGAGGAGAAGAAGGAGGAGGAGGGCAGCGCCAACCGCAGGGCAGAGGACCAGGAGCUGGAGAGCCUCUCGGCCAUUGAGGCGGAGCUGGAGAAGGUGGCGCACCAGCUCCAGGCGCUGCGGCGGGGCUGAGACGCCAGUGGCAUGGCCGGCCAGGGCCCCUGGGCACCCUGUGGUCCUGGCUGUCCGGUCCCCUCUGCAGGUCCUGCCCAGAUGGCCUGGGCGCUGCUUCCAGUGGGGAGGCGGCUCCCAGCAGCCCAGGCGCAGGCCACCCUGCCGCCCACCCUCCUCUCCGCUCCCGCAGCCCUGCCUUGGCCUCUCCUGCGCAGGGCGGGCCCACCACUCCACACACAGCAUCUCCUCUCUGAACACAGGCGGCUUUCUAGAAGACCCUUCCGCCCGCACGCCCCCCGGGCACAGCUGCAAUAACUUCUGACCUGCCAGUGAAAGCUGAAACUCCUGACGAUAAUAUAUUCUGUACAAAAUUUAUCUAAGGAAAAUAAAAUCUGCU